AUGGGUUUAGUUCAGGUCAGGUAUCCCUCAAACCUCCUCCACCUCGCCGCCCCGCCCCGCCGCAGCAGGCACCGCGACGCUUCCCCACGCCGCGCCGGCCACCGCGAGCCCUGGUCGUCCCCGUCACCUUCGCCCUCCCCCGACCGCCGCCGCCGCAGAUCUAGGGCUUCUCCGCCCGACUCCGACCGCCGCCGCCGCCGCCAUCGCGACCCCAAGCCCUCCGACAACGCAAUGCUGAGGUUCGGAAAGGUCGACGACCGUCCUCCCCAGAGCGCUAGGUUUUCAAAUGGGGACGAGGAAGAUGGCCUCAGGACGUGGCGCUCUAGGGCUUCUGACGACGAGGAGAGCGAUCACCGGCGGAGGCGCACUAGGGUUUCUCACGACAAGAUGGAUAGCGACUGCCGCAGCAAACGUGACCGCGGCCGACACCACAGCCGCCGGAUCCCCAGGCCGGAUUCGGGAUCCUCCCCUGACAGCCGACACCGCCGUGACGAGAGCUCGAGGCGUCGGGCCGAGUGCCGGGGCAGGGAAGAGCGCCGGACGAGCCCAGAGAGGAGGGAGCCGACGCCACCGCCACCGCCGUUGCCGGAGAUGAUCCCUGGGCGCACAGGAGGUGUCUACAUCCCGCCCUUCCGCACGGCGCAGAUGCUGCGGGAUGUGGAGGAUAAGGCGAGCCCCGAGUACCAGCGGCUCACAUGGGACGCUCUCAAGAAGAGCAUCAAUGGGCUGGUUAAUAAGGUGAACGGCACCAACAUCAAGAACUUAGUUCCCGAGCUGUUUGCUGAGAACCUGGUUCGUGGGCGUGGACUCUUCUGCCAGUCGUGCGUCAAGUCGCAGAUGGCUUCACCGGGCUUCACGGAUGUGUUUGCUGCGCUUGUUGCGGUUGUGAAUACCAAGUUCCCUGAGAUCGGCCGCUUGCUUCUCGUUCGCGUUAUGCUCCUGCUCAAAAGGGCUUUUAAGAGGAAUGACAAGCCCCAAUUGCUUGCAGCAACCAAGUUCAUAGCACACUUGGUUAAUCAGGUAGUUGUGCAUGAGGUCGUGGCGCUGGAGCUUCUUGCUGUACUUCUGGAGAAUCCAACUGAUGAUAGUGUCGAGGUGGCUGUGGGGUUUGUGAAGGAAUGUGGAGCAAUACUGCAGGACUUAACUCCUCAAGGACUUCAUGCUAUGUUCGAACGAUUUCGAGGCAUCCUUCAUGAAGGUGAAAUAGACAAGCGUGUGCAGUUUCUCAUUGAAGGUCUUUUUGCUAUUAGAAGGGCUAAAUUUCAGGGUUUCCCGGCCAUCCGUCCAGAACUGGAUCUUGUGGAGCCGGAGGACCAAUGUACUCAUGACAUGUCCUUCGAAACUGAGCUAGACCCUGAGACUAACCUAAAUGUUUUCAGAGUAAACCUGAACUUCGUUGAAGAUGAAAAGGCUUAUGUGAACCUAAAGAAAAGUAUCCUGGGAGAUGAAUUGGAUGAAGAUGAAGAAGGGUCUGAUGAUGCUUCGGAUGACGAGGAUGAAGAAGAAUCCGAUGAUGAAGAUGAUGAACUGAUGGAGAUAAGGGAUAAAACUGAGACCAACCUUAUCAACCUUCGGAGAACCAUAUAUUUGACAAUCAUGUCCAGUGUUGAUUUUGAGGAAGCUGGUCACAAGCUUUUAAAGAUUAAACUUGAGCCUGGUCAAGAGAUGGAGGUGAACAUCAUGCUUCUUGAGUGUUGCAGCCAAGAGAGAACUUACCUUAGAUAUUAUGGCUUAUUAGGACAACGGUUUUGCAUGAUCAAUAAUGUUUUUCAAGAAAACUUUGAAACAUGUUUUGUGCAACAGUAUUCUAUGAUACAUCGUCUCGAAACAAAUAAGUUGAGGAAUGUUGCCAAGUUCUUCGCACAUUUGUUGGGGACGGAUGCCCUUUCUUGGCAUGUUUUGGCUUACAUCAGGUUGACAGAGGAGGACACAACAUCGUCUUCCCGAAUUUUUAUAAAGAUUCUAUUCCAGGAGUUGUCGGAACAUCUGGGUAUACAUUUACUGAACGAGAGAUUAAAUGAUCCGAACAUGCAAGAUUUCUUCGAGUCAGUCUUCCCGAGAGAUCAUCCGAAGAAUACUAGAUUCUCCAUAAAUUUCUUCACCUCCAUCGGUCUUGGAGGUAUCACAGAAAGCCUGCGAGAGUACCUGAAGAACAUUCCUCGGCUUAUAAUGCAGCAACAGAAGCCUGCAUCAUCAGAGUCGGAAUCAGGUGGAGAAAGCUCUGAUUCAGGAUCUAGCUCCGGGUUAGAAUCCAGCUCCGAUGAGAGUGACAAGAAACAGAGCAAGAGAAGGAAGAGGAGCUAAGCACAACUUCACUCAUGCUUACUGGCUGCACCUAUCUCGUCAGUUUUGUUAAGAUCAGCUGUCUAGUUGGAUCAUUGCGUACGCAUGUGUAGUACACUGUCAUCAGAUCUAACUGUUGUUGGCUGUUACAUUCUGGAAUCGAGCAUAAUCAGAUGGCGGUGUGAAGUAUUCGACGGC